AAUGACAUGUGGGUGUCGGUGCAGCAGGGGCCCUGCCUGUCGUUGCGGCUGGGCCUGGGCGUAUGGCCAAAAUGAACGGAACCCUUUGUUUUCCGGCGACAGACCCCACGGCACCGCACCUGCUCGGCACGUCCCGCUAUAUAACCGCUUGAAGUUCUUCCGCCGCCACGUGCUCGCUGCCGUCGCCGCGCCGCAUUCGCAUCACCGCAUCGCGCCGCCGAGGCUGCUUACUAGACGGACGAGGAGUGGACUGGAGUAACUUGCAGCAACCCUAUCCCGGCAGGCCCCAUCGCGAAACCCUAGACUUCGCCGCCGGCGGUCGCCGGAGAUGGCCUCCUCGCCGCCGCGCGCCCCGCAGCUAUUCCCUUUCGACCUUAACGUCGCGCAGGAGGAGGUAGAUGAGGAGCCGAUUGAGGUUCUUGAGGAGGAUGUCGAUGAGGAGGGAGCCCCGUUGGCGCAGCCCCAGGAGGUUGUCGUCGAGGAGGUUGUUGAGAAAUUGGUCGAGCACGCGGUGCCUAUCACGGAGGAUGAACCUGCGGAAGACGUGAUCAUGGAGGAGCCUUCGGAGGAGGUGAUCAUGGAGGACGAGGAGCCUACGCCGUCGCCGGCGGAGGAGGUGGUUGGGGAGGGGAAGAGGAGGAAAAAGAGGGUGGACUAUGAGGUCUUCGUGUCCGGGCUGCCGCAGGACGCCGCUGAGGAGGACGUGGCGCAGGCGCUGGCGGAUGCCGGAGAUAUCGAGGAGGUGCGCCUCGUGCGGGAUCCGGCGGACCAGCGGCUCAACAAGGGAUUCGCUUUUGUCCGCUUCGCGGCUGCAUGGCAGGCCCGGUGGGCGGCCAACGACCUCCGCGAGGCUACGAUUAAGGGAAAAGCUUGUGGAAUAUGCAAGAACAGUGAAACUGAAACCCUUCAUCUCCGAAAUAUAUGCUUUGAUUGGUCAAAGGAUGAUUUAGCUGAAAAACUGAAACCCUUCAAGUUGGAAAACUUGGAUAGAAUUAAUCUAAUUGAGCACCCAGACAGAAAGGGUAAAAACAGAGGCUAUGCGUUUCUUGACUUCAGGACUCAUGUAGAUGCUGUGGAGGCUUUUGUGAAACUACAAAAAAUAGAUCUGUAUCUUGGUACUGACUCUAGAGCAAACAUAUCAUUUUCAAACACUCUUUCACAAGAUGAUGAGAUCAUGGAAAAGGUGAAAUCUGUUUUCUUGGAUGGCGUACCACCUCACUGGGAUGAAGACAAAGUGAGAGAAAUUUUCGGGAAAUUUGGUGAAAUUGAUAGCAUACAACUUGCUAGAAAUAUGUUCACGGCAGCACGAAAAGAUUUUGGUUUCAUUGGCUUUACAGCAAGACAGUCAGCUUUAGACUGCAUUAAGAUGGUCAAUAAAGAUGGUGUUGGUGAAGGUAGUGGAAAGGUUCCCAUAAAAGCUAGUUUACAAAGGCCAAGGCAUGCUUUCAAGAAGUAUUCCCGGCAAGGCUCAAGUUCCUUGCUAGGCGUCAGAAGAGGAUUUGUAGAUAAAAGUUCUAGUGGUAGAGGACACCACUCGGACAGAUAUAGGCAUUUUAGUCCUGUAAGGCGUUCGUAUUCAGAUAAUCAUUCUCGCCGUCACUCUAUUGAUGUUGAAGAGAGGCAUACUUCUGUGCGAGGAUACAGAGCUUACUAUAGAAGAGACUCUCCAGUGCAUGCCCCAAGCUAUAAAUAUGGAAGGACACAUCUGGAGACCAGAAUCAGCGAAGAAUAUACUGAGGGAAGAUACACUAGUAAAUAUCCAAAACACAGACACACGAUGCAUGGAACCAUGGAGCGAGAUGCAAACCGCAGGAUCAAGUAUGGACAUUCAUACCAGGAGAGGGCACAUAGAACUUGCCCAGGUUGUAAGCUGUGUGGUCAAAAUUACAAUUACCCCAAUGGUGAGGAAUUUUCUGCAAUCAGCGGUUGUCAGGAGGCAUACUACCAGACAGACCAUGAUCUGAUUCCUUCAACUUCUCAAGUAGCAUCUCAUUGCGAGGGUUCUUGCUGCAAGCUUCUUACAAUUGAAACCUGCAUUCUUCAGAAUCAAGAGUCAACACCUAGUUCAAGUGACCAUGCCAGAACAAGAUCUAAUCUUCCAGCGCCGCCUCAUCAUUGGCAUGUUAAACAUUCUAAUGAGCAUCGGAGGCAUGUUACUGAUGCACAUUCUGCUUUUGAGGUCAGGGAAAGCCGAAGCUGGUAUCUAUCUUCCAAAGAUGCUCCAAGUACUCACUCCAGGAAGCACCAUAGGCCAGCAAGAUAAGCUGUAACUGCAAGAUAGAGAAAAUCUAGUAGCAGCUCGCUUCUGAUACUGAUGGAUAGCAUUUGUUACCGGGGCCCUGCUUACGUGGCUGACACCCUGUUGCGGGGAGGAAUCUGUUCCAAGGACAGCAGUAUACCGUCCCAAUUUAUAACCAAAUACUUUGCCUUUUCUCGGUUCUUUGUAUUCGCGUUCGAUUUCUCGAAAUGUGGUGCUGACAAAUAGGGAUGAAAACGGAAACUGUAAUUUUUGAAUAACGGGAAUUGUUUUUAAAGUUUAA